AUGGUGAAUCUAUUCAAGCGGAUGCGGAAGCUUCAGUCUCUCCUCAACGUCCGUGUCGGUACUGGUGCAGCCGUCUUUCCUACAGCUUCUUCCGCGACCAAAGAAUUCCCAGCCAUCACUCGCCUUCACCUCACAUACGCAAGCAAGAUCUAUGGCGGACACCAGGGGGCGCGACACUUCUGGCGAAACUGCCUUCCUCGACUCAAGUACCAUAAUCCGGCGGUGCCGAUGACCGUGAAGCAGACCAGCGAUCAAGAAGGACCGGCUGCGCUGACGAUAUACUUCGCCGAACAGACAAGCAAUGCCGCAUCCUUGAAUCCCUCGACGAUCAGCGACAAGCAUGCCCCAGAGCCAUCAUCAACGGAGAAGACCGCCGUUAUGGACGUGAAGAACCUCGACUACAAGGAGAUCUGGAGGAAGGUCAAGCUCAUGACCGGAGCACAGGAAAUCCCUGCGACCGCGGAGGAAGAGGCCGAGUUGCGGAAAUAUGAGCAGAUGCGCCAACAAGCAGAUAAAGACCGUGCUCGGGUAGCAGGCAUUCGGCAGGCGAAGAAGGAUCAAGAGCGCAUGCUCCAAGAAGCUAGGGGAGAGGUUGAGAGGUUGAGGGAGCUGUAG